GUGUUGACAACGCAGCAAGACAGAGAGGGGUUGGAGAAGGGCUCCCGCCGCCGCCACCGCCGUGACUACACUCCGUUCGACACCAUGACAACCGUAGCAAAUGCACGGCGAGCCCCCGGCCCUGCCGCCCCGCCAAUCAGGGGGGAGCGAGUGGCGCGCGGCAAGCUGUGAGGGGAGAGACGCAGCACAGGAUAGCAGAACAGAGGUAGAACACCCCAGACCCCGCUACUUACACAGAGAGAAGAUACCCAGUCAUUUCCCUGCCUCUUACCUGAACACUGGAUGCCAGAGUGUAAACCUCUUGGAUAAUCAGCUUUGCUCUUGUUCUUUUCCCCCACAGUGGGGAGGAGGGUAAGGAUGGAGAUACUGAUUGUAACAGGACCACCCAAUCACUAUUACAACCUAGGAGCUACCAGACUGGCGGGGGAAAAAAACGCAAAGAAAAAGACAAUGUAGAAAAUCUGCAUCCGAUUCCAAUUCCCCAGUAGAUUGUGAGUGAUACUGACCGUGUACACAUGAUGAAUCCCAUGGCCCAGCUGUACUACAAGAAGGCGAGCUACUCGCCGUACCGCGACCGCAUCCCGCUGCAGAUCGUGCGGGCGGAAGCGGAGCUGUCAGCGGAGGAGCGGGCGUACCUGACGGCGGUGGAGAAGGGCGACUAUGCCGGGGUGAAGCUGGCCCUGCAGGAGGCGGAGAUCUACUACAACAUCAACGUGAACUGCCUGGACCCGCUGGGGCGCAGCGCACUGCUCAUCGCCAUCGAGAACGAGAACCUGGAGGUGAUGGAGCUGCUGCUCAACCACGGCGUGCACGUGGGCGACGCACUACUCUACGCCAUCCGCAAGGAGGUGGUGGGCGCCGUGGAGCUGCUGCUGUCCCAUCGCAGGUCCAGCAGAGAGAAACAGGUGCCCAACCUGAUGAUGGAUACUCAGUUCUCAGAGUUUACCCCUGACAUCACACCCAUCAUGCUGGCAGCUCACACCAACAACUAUGAGAUCAUCAAGCUGCUGGUCCAGCGCAAAGUGACCAUCCCCCGGCCACACCAGAUCCGCUGCGACUGCGUGGCCUGUGUGUCCAGCUCCGAGGUGGACAGCCUGCGUCACUCACGCUCUCGCCUCAACGUCUACAAGACCCUGGCCAGCCCGUCCCUCAUCGCCCUGUCCAGCGAAGACCCCAUCCUGACUGCCUUCCGCCUGGGCUGGGAGCUGAAGGAGCUAAGCAAGGUGGAGAAUGAGUUCCGUCAGGAGUACGAGGAGCUGUCCCAGCAGUGUAAGCUGUUUGCCAAGGACCUGCUGGACCAGGCCAGGAGCUCUAGAGAGCUGGAGACCGUCCUCAACCACCGCGAUGACCUCAGUGAGGAGCUAGACCCACAGGACUGCCGUGACCUGGCCAAGCUCAAACUAGCUAUCAAGUACCACCAGAAAGAGUUUGUGUCCCAGCCAAACUGUCAGCAGCUCCUGGCCACCCUGUGGUACGACGGUUUCCCCGGGUGGCGCAGACGCCAUUGGGCGGUCAAGCUGGUCACCUGCUUCACCAUCGGCCUGCUCUUCCCCAUCUUCUCCCUGGUCUACCUGCUGGCCCCCAAGAGCGCCCUGGGCCUCUUCAUCAAGAAGCCCUUCAUCAAGUUCAUCUGCCACACAGCCUCCUACCUGACUUUUCUUUUCCUCCUCCUCCUGGCCUCCCAGCACAUCGUGAGAACAGACCUGCAUGUCCAGGGCCCGCCACCCACCGUGGUGGAGUGGAUGAUCCUUCCCUGGGUGCUGGGCUUCAUCUGGGCUGAGAUAAAGGAGAUGUGGGACGGAGGCUUCACUGAGUACGUCCAUGACUGGUGGAACCUGAUGGACUUUGCCAUGAACUCUCUCUACUUGGCCACUAUCUCACUCAAAAUAGUAGCUUACUUCAAGUACAACAGCUCUCGGCCGAGGGAGGAAUGGGAGAUGUGGCACCCAACGCUGAUAGCCGAGGCCCUGUUUGCUAUCGCCAACAUCUUCAGCUCCCUGCGCCUCAUCUCCCUGUUCACAGCCAACUCCCACCUGGGGCCUCUGCAGAUCUCCCUGGGACGCAUGCUGCUGGACAUCCUCAAGUUCCUCUUCAUCUACUGCCUGGUGCUGCUGGCCUUCGCCAACGGGCUCAACCAGCUGUACUUCUACUACGAGACCAAGGCYUCGGACGAGCCCAACAACUGCAAGGGCAUCCGCUGCGAGAAGCAGAACAACGCCUUCUCUACGCUGUUUGAGACGUUGCAGUCCCUGUUCUGGUCGAUAUUCGGCCUGCUCAACCUGUACGUGACCAACGUGAAGGCACGCCAUGAGUUCACAGAGUUUGUGGGAGCCACCAUGUUCGGUACCUACAACGUUAUCUCCCUGGUGGUGCUGCUCAACAUGCUCAUCGCCAUGAUGAACAAYUCCUAUCAGCUCAUCGCUGAUCAUGCGGACAUUGAAUGGAAGUUUGCCCGCACCAAGCUGUGGAUGAGUUAUUUUGACGAGGGAGGAACUCUCCCUCCGCCCUUCAACAUCGUCCCCAGCCCCAAGUCAGUGUGGUACCUGUGUGUGUGGACGCACAACCGCCUGUGUGGACGGGACCGUCCCAGUCCCGACGACCCGAGGAAACACGAGAACUUAAAGGAGUUCACGGUACCACAUUUACAAACCUGUACAGUCAAUAUAGUAUACCGUCGGCAUGCUGACAACCUGAUUCAGAACCAGCAUUAUCAGGAGGUGAUCAGGAACCUGGUGAAGAGGUAUGUAGCAGCCAUGAUCCGCAGUGCUAAAACAGACGAGGGUCUGACAGAGGAGAAUUUUAAGGAGCUCAAGCAGGACAUCUCCAGUUUCCGCUACGAGGUGUUGGACCUGUUGGGGGACAGGAAGCCUCCGCGGAGGACCUACUCAUCCAGCAGUGAGGCUACCCAGCAGGAUGAGGCCAACGAGGAAGAAGGGGCUGGACAGGCCCAGGGUCAGUCCAGGGACCAAGGGGCCAAGGGGGUAUCCUUCAGCACGUCAAUCGCUGAGAGGAAGAGCAAGGACUCUGGGUUCAGCGUCUCCGCCCUCUUUAAGUCCAUGUCAGGGGCAGAGGGGGCAGUGGACAACAAACCAAAGAGCAACGGGCUCAGAUUCUCCUCCUCGCCCCCGUCCUCUGCUGCGUUAACCCGCAGUAGUGGCCGGCUGCAACGCUUCUCCAAGUCCAAGAGAGACUCCAUCAGGCGGCUGGGCCUGCUCUUCUCCCGCAUGAACGGACACGUCCCAGAGCCCAGGUCCCCUCUUCCCAGGAUGCACCAGCCCACCUACAGCAUCUCAGACGGUCUGCUUCGGCCACCCACAACCUGGCCGGACAUCCAGACCCACCCCAAUCCCCCGGUUACACGCAGCCUGUUCCAGCUGGGGGUGAACCUGAACGAGCUACCACAUGCCCCUCCCCAGGCCCUGCCAUUGGGGUCACCCCAGCAGGCUAACGGAAGUGACAGUCUGCUCCUGCGACCGGCGGGCCACUCCUUACCGCCGCCAGGCCACUCCGUGCCACCCCUGCACUGUGCUUCCAGCAUCACGGCCUCCAGCUCUCGGGCUGUCCUCCUGGGCUCUAGUGAGGACAUGUUUGAGGGCUGGAUAGGACCUUGUGACGAGCUGGACUCUUCUGAGUGGGGGGCUGAGCAGGACGACUCCAUCACAACACAGCUUUAGAGAUCCCCCCCGGAAUAAUGACAGAAUACUACUGUAUGUUUAGGUCACUCUGCUGAAAGGACAGAAAGAAUAAGUGGUUGACCCAAGUAUACAAAACCCAGGACUCAUUUUCACAAAGAUAUCAUAGCAAAGUAGGAAGAUUCUAAACAUAUAAUGAAAAAAAAAGCUUYAUCUAUUGCAAUAUAACUACAUGUUUGCAUACUGCCACUUACCUGUGAUCCUUAGAUCAUUGGGUCUGUAAGCUCACCAUCCUCUUAACUUGUUUUCAUACAGUUCAGACCCAGUUAUUUCUAUUUUACUCAUCAAAAUAGCACUGAGAUUAAAGGGGUUCAUAUACACAGCUGAGGUAUCACCAUUGUCCAAACUUCUACUCUCUUACAAAUAUGUUUAAUCUCGUUGCAAGUUUGUCUUUUACCAGACUGUUUUGCAGUGUUGUUCCAUAUGCACGUUUUCCUCAUGUGCCAAAUUUCCCCUACACUGUGUUCUGUUUGGUAUGUGGUAUAACCUAAACAUGAAUGGUUAUCAUGGUAGACAAGGUCGUGUGACAUACAUUUAUUUCAGGCUUGCAGGUUGAAUCUUUACAAGUUGUUUUUGGACAAUUAACUAAUAAUACUGUUCUGUUUUUCUAUGAAAGUUGUAUUUUUCUAUAUUUUCUUGGAAAUAAGACACUACCCGUUUUUGGCUAUUGAGACAGGUAAUGCACGAAAUUCGCAGAGUAACAUUUAUAAAAAUGUUAUGUUUACUCUUAAUCUAAUUUAUUUUUUCAAGAUGGCUGUGAAUUAUAAUACUCAAGAUCAAUUUAGAAGAGAACCUACGAAAACAAUGUUUAAUUGCUGUCAAAAACAAGCUUGUAUACAAAUACAUUUAUUUGAUAAUGAGAAUUAUCUACUAAAAUACAAUACAUUUGACUGAUUCUUAGAACUACGAUUCCAAGUGGGCCAUGUAAUAUGAUGGCCUCUAACUGUGGUCACACAAAACACCACUGAAAUGUCCAAAAAUAGCGAUACUCUGGGCAAUUGUGACAGCGCAAUGCAUUCGCUAGUUGCAGUAUUCAUGGUUUACCUUAAUGUGCCGUCUCACUCAAAUUAACACUUUUACGAUUCUCGUCAUCUGAGGAAGUAGUAGUUGAUAUAAGUGUGGUAUUUUGGCGUGGACGUUGGUCGGGGAAGCCAGCCCGCGGUCAUGGAUCCGGAGAUGUGUCCCACUGCAUGAGGCAAAUGGGGGUCACACCAGAUACUAACUGGUUUUCUGAUCCACGCCCCUACUUUUUUUAA